AUGUUGCAUGAGCAGCAGGCACCGCCAUCACCGGCAGUAGCAGCGCCACCGCCCGUGCCCUCGGCACCGAGCCCGGCCAGCAACCACGACGACGACGAUGUCGAGGUCACGACGUUCCGCGACAUCCACCCUCUGACGCCCGACGUGCCGACGCCCCCCGCGCGCACCAGGUCCUGGGACACCGCCAGCCACCGCUCCUUCUCGUCCGAGGAGCAGUUCAUGACGAUGAGCCGCGAGUUCUCGGCCAUGGUCGCCGUCGGGGCGACCAUGCAGACCGGCGGCGGUGGCGCCAGCGGUGGGUACGACGGCGGCGCCGACCAGCUCACCAGCAUCGGCGAGGACGAGCUGGAGGAGACCAACCCGCUGGCCAUCGUCCCCGACAGCCACCCCAUAGUCACGCCCGCCUGGUCCAGGGCGUCCGCCGCCGCCUCCGGGCUGGAGGUCGUGCCGGCGCCGACGCCGACGCCUCCGCCGCAGCCCGCGCACGUGGAGGCCAGCCAGGUGAAGAAGGAGGAGGUGGAGACCAAGGUGUCGGCGUGGCAGACGGCCGAGGUCGCCAAGAUCAACAACCGCUUCAAUGUGGAGGAGGUGGUCAUCAACGGCUGGGAGACCGAGCAGGUGGAGAAGGCCUCCGCAUGGCUCAAGAAGAUCGAGAGGAAAUUGGACGAGCAGCGCGCCAAGGCGGUGGAGAAGACGCAGAACGACAUCGCCAAGGCGCGGCGCAAGGCGGAGGAGAAGCGGGCGACGGCGGAGGCCAAGCGGGGCCUGAAAUUGGCCAAGGUGUUGGAGCUCGCCAACUUCAUGAAGGCCGUCGGCAGGGUGCCCACCAAGCGCUCCUUCUUCUAG